UUUUCUUUUAGAUGUUCAAUGAAGAUCUGCAAUGAAUGUUGUUUACCCCAGCAGGUGGAUAUGACGUCAUGCGGACUUGGAACACAAAAAAUAACAAACAUCCAAAUCCGCGAUUCCCUUUUUCUUUCAAGGCGCAUUAAAGUGUAAUAACAUCAGAAGGAUCGCCCCUCAUAUUCCAGACAGAAGGUGGUGUGAAACCGUAGAAUCCCUCCGUGAAUACAGCGGGGAUCUCUUGUUUCGCACCAAGAGUUAGUUCCCCGAGCGGAGUAAUAUUGUUAGUAUUUACUGUCGUUGUUGCAUGCUUUCUUGGUAUACAAGAUCGCACGUAUAGUUGAUUAUUUCAAGACUAGAAUUGCGCUCGCUGCGAUUAUCAGCCACAAUCGAAUUCCGUGACGCCAAAGCUGCCUCCACCCGUUCACCUCCUCAUGGUCCAGCCCUCCGUGGCGCUCAGCUGAAUUCUCACUGGCAGAAUGGAGUGUCAGUCUCCUCAGAGCGAGUGAUAGAAGUCGGAGGACACCAGUGGUCACAUCCUGUGGAGCCAGGGAUCACAGUACAGGCAAGGAGGCUGAACUUGUUAAGCUGAGACGGAAGAUUGCUUUAAACAAGGCAGUCCUUGGAGAAGGUUUUUAAGUCAUGAUGCAAGAAUCUGGGACGGAGACGACGAGCAACGGUCCCGCCAGUCAGAACGGAGUGGCCAGCGCAGCGGAGACCGGGGUGAGGGACGUGCGCUCCAAAAGUGCCACGCCCUCCACUGACAUCACCGCCGCUGACCUCGUGAACCUCCAGCAGCAGCAGGCUCUACAAGUUGCUCGCCAGAUUCUCCUCCAGCAACAGCAACAACAGCAACAACAACAGCAGCAGCAGCAGCAGCAGCAGCAGCAGCAGCAGCAGCAGUCUCAUCAACAGCAGAGUGGUGCCAUUAAAUCUCCUAAGAGCAGCGAGAAGCCAGCCGGACUACAGGUCCCAGUGUCCCUGGCUAUGAUGACACCGCAGGUGAUAACUCCCCAGCAGAUGCAGCAGAUCCUUCAGCAGCAGGUCCUGAGCCCUCAGCAGCUCCAGGUCCUGCUCCAGCAGCAGCAGGCUCUCAUGUUACAACAGCAGCAACUCCAAGAGUUCUACAAGAAGCAGCAGGAGCAGCUUCACCUACAGCUGUUACAACAGCAGCAUGGCACCAAGCAACAGACUAAAGAGCAGGUGUCCCAGGCCCAGCAGAUGGCCUUCCAGCAGCAGCUCCUGCAGGUCCAGCAGCUCCAGCAGCAGCACCUGCUCAACCUGCAGAGGCAGGGCCUCCUGACCAUCCAGCCCGGACAGAGCCCACUGCCCCUACACUCGCUCACUCAGGGCAUGAUUCCAGCCGAGCUGCAGCAGCUGUGGAAAGAGGUGUCGAACGCUCAUGUGAAGGAGGAGAACAACAACAACAACAAUAACAGCAACGCCAUCAGCGGCGGUGGCAACGGAGGUGGCAGCAGCAGCAACGGGCACCGCGGUCUGGAUCUGUCGUCGCCGACGCCCGCCAAGAACCAUCUGCUCAACCAGCACCCAGCCACCAACGGCCAGUACAUGGGCCUGAAGAGGGAAGGCUCCACGCUGGAGGACCUCACUCACCACGGUCAUCCUCUGUAUGGCCACGGCGUGUGCAAGUGGCCGGGCUGUGAGGCCGUCUUCGACGACUACCAGGCAUUCCUCAAGCAUCUGAACGGUGAGCACGCCCUGGACGACCGCAGCACGGCACAGUGUCGAGUGCAGAUGCAGGUGGUCCAGCAGCUGGAACUACAGUUAGCGAAAGACAAGGAACGUCUGCAAGCUAUGAUGACUCAUCUACACGUCAAGUCCACUGAGCCCAAAAGCACCCCACAGCCUCUGAACCUGGUGUCCAGCAUCACCCUGUCGAAGACGGCCCCGGCGUCGCCGCCACUCAGCCUGCCCCAGACCCCCACCACGCCCACCACCCCCCUGACGCCGCUGUCGCAGGCCCACCCCGUCAUCACCCCCACCAGCCUGCACAGCGUGGGGCCCAUGCGACGCCGCUACUCCGACAAGUACAACAUGCCAAUCUCCCCAGACAUCGUGCAGAACAAAGAGUUCUACAUGAACGCGGAUGUCCGGCCUCCGUUCACGUACGCCUCUCUAAUCAGACAGGCAAUCCUGGAGUCGCCGGAGAAACAGCUAACACUAAACGAGAUCUACAACUGGUUCACGCGGAUGUUUGCCUACUUCAGACGCAACGCGGCCACGUGGAAGAACGCAGUCCGGCAUAAUCUUAGUCUUCACAAGUGUUUUGUACGAGUAGAAAAUGUAAAAGGGGCGGUGUGGACGGUGGACGAGCUAGAGUUCCAAAAGCGACGGCCACAGAAGAUCAGCGGCAGCCCGGCCUUGGUGAAAAACAUCCAGACUAGUUUGGCGUACGGCCCUGCCCUCUCUGCCGCCUUUCAGGCUUCAAUGGCAGAAAACAACAUACCUCUCUACACUACUGCCUCCAUUGGAAGUCCCACUCUGAGCUCGCUGGCGAAAGCCAUCCAGGAGGAGAUGAACGGGGCGCUGGAGCAUGGAAACAGCAACGGCAGUGACAGCAGCCCGGGACGCUCCCCUUUGCCAGCUAUGCAUCACAUCAGUGUUAAAGAGGAGCCACUGGACCCUGAAGAUCACGAAGGGCCCCUCUCCCUUGUGACAACAGCCAAUCACAGUCCAGACUUUGAUCACCACAGAGAUUAUGAGGAUGACCAAGGGAACGAUGACAUGCUGUAAGGCCGGCCGCUCCGGCCCCUCCCCCUCCCACGCCUCCCUCCCUCCCCCGCCUCCCCCCAUAGCCUAUGGGGCUGAACUAACUCAAGUCAUCUGUGAGGUCACAGCAAAGACAGACAUAAAACCACACAUAAACACACACACACAAACACACACACACAAACACACACACACACAUACACACAAGACUGGAUUGUCAAUCCUCUGUUGACAGCUAUAAAAUGUUUUGAUGAACUUUUAGUGCCAUUACAAACAGUGAAAUACACGUGCACAACAACAACAACAACAACAAGACAACAACAAGAAAAUCUAUUCCAUUUGGGAGUAUUUUUAUUUGUACUUUUGGUUUUAAGAGAAGAAGAGGGGAAAAAAGUCAUUUCUACAAAUCAUGUUAUUGGAUAGACCUGUUUGGUACUGGGGGACUUUUACGUGGUCAGCGUGGCUUAGAGGUCAAAGUUCACAAGUGGACAAAGGACUAUUUGCAGCUGACAGAGACUGCUGACAUUGACUCUGAGACUCACUGAAUCUGACCUGGAGAAGGGGGUGCACACACAUGCACACACUCACACAUACGUUUAUACACAUACACUCAACCUUCACAUUCACCCCUGAAAUGGACCUCUCCAUGUGUGUGAGCUAGCGUAUUGUGUAUUAACUGUGUGUAUUAAGUUCAUCCUCACUGCCUUCAACUUGUCAUUUGUUUUUUGCUUCUAUCACGGUCGAGGAGACUUUUUUGUGUAUGUGUCUCGAGGGGGGUGGGUGCAACAGAAUCUAAACAUUGGGUCUCUCACUGUUGCUAUGUUUAGUUUGUUUGAUUUUUGUUUUUUCCUCUAAACUGAUCAGACCUCAUCGCCAUGCUGUGGAGAUUCCGUAUGGUCAGCACACAAUGAUGAAUGUUUAUGAUUUUUCCUUCCAUGUUGUUCCAUUUGAAUUUCUUUUAUUCUUUUUUUAUAUAUAUAUAUAUAAAUAUAAAUAUAUAUAUAAAUAUACUGUAUGUAUAUACACAUGCAAACAGAAUGUCAGAUGCCGAGUAGUAUUUUUCUGUCAUUUAUUCCGCGUGCUUCAGAAUGCCAGCUCUCUCCAACAUGUAGCCCUGCUGCACUACCACCUCAAUGAAGUCCAUCGGCAAUGCACUACUUAUAAUGAAGGCUCUCUCCACGCAUCAAUGAAGUUUAAUUUCACAUGGGAAUGAAUGACAGAGAAAUCAUGCAGGUUAAGAUUUAUCAUUACCAAAUUAUACUUUCAAAAACUCUCCCUCCUUCCAAGCAGGGCGUGUUAGCCGUGGCCAAAUCACCCAUCUCGACACCGGUCUGAACAGAAAUGAAAUGUCAGACUGAGGCGGUGAGAUAAUACUUCACACCAACUAAUUGUGUUUUUUCUUUCUUUCUGUCUUUCUUUCGUUCUCUCUCUGUCUCUCUCUCUCUUCUUUAUCCUCCCAUUCCUCAACGCAAGCGUCAAAUAAGCAAAUGAAACUUCCCAAGCUUUUUUUCUUUCCCCGUUCUUGUCAUUUCAAGCGUCAAGGGGACCCUGCAGCCAUGCUCAGAGACUUUCAAAAAGUGCAUUCCCUUUAGUUUGUACUGCACGUGCGGCCAGCCAAUUCCUCUUUUGCUUUUAUUAGUUAUUAUUUGUAAUUACACAUCAGAGUGAAAGGCAAAGGGAGUAGAGAAAAACCCGAGGGUUGGCAUUAAUGCCUGACCACUAAGCAUUACAGCAUGGGGGGAAACGGCCCCAUGGCAACCGCAGGCAUCCCACGAGCACCGUGGUAACAGAUCGGUGGCUGUUCCAUCGCUAGCGUUACGAAAACCAAACAGAACUCGUCUGCAUGGAGAUGCAGCUACAUUAUGCAACUUCUCCCACAUGUAAACGGUGGUAGCGGAUGGAAAAUUCUACAGCUAUAAACAAAAAAUAAAUAAACAAUAAUUUUAUGAAAUUUAGGUGUAUGAUUCCAAAACCGAAUGGGCUUCUUCAAAUGCCAACAUUCUUGAUUCAUAUGACUGCAACCAACCACUUUUUUUAAUUUAUUAUUACGUUGUGUUAUUUUGCCUAAGUUGUAUAUGUGUCUGAUAUCUGUGAUUACCAAAGAUAAACUACAAAGAUAUUCUCUGAUCCAUGCAAUAGCAGACAAGGCCAAAUAUCCUCCAUUCUCUCCCUCUGGAUGCAAAGGAAAUCAAAAAGGUGGAGACCAGUCUCAUCAUGAGUGAAUCAGACAAGCGUUUGACUUUUUUAGCAAACUUUGAAGCCAAAGGGGUUGUCUGUCGAGCUUUUAUUUUGCGAUGACCAAAACGGAAAAUGAGGUGACGUGAUCGAGACAAAAUGAAAUGACCAAAUUUCAAAACAAGGAGUUAUCUUUUGGCCAAUGAAGGGACAGAGUCGCAUUCCAUCUGAAGGCUGACCGUCGUCGGAGAUAAUAGUACAGAUGAAUGAUAUCAGUAGGCCAACACCAUUUGCAAAACACAAAUGUGAAAAGUUGUAUACUUCAACUGGACCACACAAUGAUGACAUGUUUAUAUUUGUUUGUAAAACUUUAAUGUAUCCUUUUGAAAAAGAAAAAAAGAUUGUAUGCCACUUCGGUUUGUUCUUUUGCAAGAGUGCUGGUUUCCUGAGAAGGCCUCUUUGUUUUUUGUUCUCUUUCUUUUUGAUUUUUUUGUUAACCUUGGCAAAUGCUUUAUGAUUGUGUGUUUUUGUUUCUGUCAAGUUACUUUUUAUAUUAAAAAAUAACACUCCUGUCCACGAA